AAAUCGACUUUGCCCUUUUUGGCCGGUUUCGCGUUCCGUCGCAGCCACCAUCUCCAGCACAAAGUACGCUUAUCAGAAACUCAGAAGUGAUGUUUCCUACGCUGAAAUGAGAUUUUGAUCUGCCGCUCGUCUCCUCAUGGCGGAGGUCUAUUAUGUUGGGGUGGACGUGGGCACUGCCAGUGUGAGGGCUGCACUGGUGACCAGAGCUGGUCUGAUAAAGAGCACUGCAGAGGAGCCCAUCAGCAUCUGGGAGCCCCAGUCUGACUACUAUGUCCAGUCCUCCACUGAGAUCUGGGAGAAAUGCUGCACAGUUGUCAAGCAAGUUACCCAAAGUGUGGAGAGGAGUCAAGUACGAGGGAUCGGCUUUGAUGCCACCUGCUCUCUAGUGGUUUUGGACCAAGGCUUCCAGCCUGUGCCAGUCUGUCAGGAUGGUGACACACAAAGGAACGUGGUGAUGUGGAUGGACCAUCGCGCUGAAGAGCAGGCUGCUCGUAUAACCAACACAGGCCACAAAGUCCUGAGCAGGGUGGGAGGGGUCAUGUCACCAGAGAUGCAACCCCCUAAGCUGCUCUGGCUCAAAGAGAAUCUGAGAGAAAGCUGCUGGAACAAAGCUGGACACUUUUUCGACCUUCCAGACUUCCUGUCUUGGAAGGCAACAGGCUCUUUGACACGGUCUUUAUGUACUCUGUUGUGUAAAUGGACGUAUUGCCCUCCAGAAGGAUGGGAUGCUGGUUUUUGGACUAGCAUUGGAAUGGAGGAUAUCCUCGAAAACAACUUUUCCAAAAUAGGCAGCACGACGUGUUCUCCAGGGAUCCCGUUGGGAGACGGACUCACCCAGGAGGCAGCAGCAGAUUUGGGUUUGGAGCCGGGAACUGCAGUUGGUGCUUCUGUCAUUGAUGCUCAUGCUGGAGGCCUUGGCGUGAUGGGUGCAGAUGUAAAAGGCUUUCACUUACCCUGUGAGGACCAGCCAAUCACCUCCCGCAUGGCGAUGAUCUGUGGAACGUCAACCUGUCACAUGGCGAUCAGCGAGCAGCCCCUGUUUGUGCCAGGAGUGUGGGGGCCCUGCCUGUCUGCCAUGGUGCCGGGCAUGUGGCUCAACGAGGGAGGACAGAGUGCUACAGGAAGGCUGAUCGAGCACAUGGUGAAGGGCCACGCCGCCUACACACAGCUCCAGGAAGAGGCUCGGCAGAGAGUUCCCUUCACUGGCGUGAACAUCUACAGCUAUCUGAACAGCCACCUGAGUUCAAUGGCUAACUCCCGUACUACUGUUGACCUGCUGGCCUCCAGUCUUCAUGUGUGGCCGGACUUCCAUGGGAAUAGAUCGCCCCUGGCUGACCCCACCUUGAAAGGCAUGGUGAUCGGACUGCCCCUCUCCCAAACCUUGGAUGACUUGGCCCUGCUUUAUUUGGCCACUAUACAAGCCCUUGCUCUUGGUACUCUUCAUAUUCUGGAGGCCAUGAAAGACGCAGGGCAUGACAUCAGAACCCUCUUCCUGUGUGGCGGGUUGAGCAAAAACGCCCUGUUUGUCCAGAUACACGCCAACGCUACAGGAUUGUCUGUGGUGUUGCCUGACCAGACGGAGGCGGUGUUAUUAGGUGCAGCAAUCCUGGGUGCAUGUGCAUCACAGGACUACAGCACUAUACAGGAGGCAAUGAAGGGAAUGGCUAAAGUGGGAAAAGUUGUUCAGCCUGACUAUGAGCUCCAGAGCUUCUAUGAGAGAAAGUACAAAGUGUUUCUGCAACUGUUCGCCCACCAGAGGGAGUACCAGGCCCUCAUGAACCAGGGAUGACACUGCUGGUGGGAGGCGGCCGAGCUGGAACUGACUCUCUCUGACGUAAUCGUGAUGACAAAUCCACACACUGAAAAUGAGAACAGAAGUCUUAGCCUUGCUGCUUUUACUUUUCGUCUCAAUUAAAUAAUAACUUGGAGGACAACAGCUUUCUGAGGUUAAUAUCUGUCAGCAGGUUUAGUUGAUUCCGAGUUGGUGAGUGGUGCCAGAGUUAAGACUUCACACAUGCAGGAAUUCAAACCACCUGGCAGAUGACAGUAGAGGAGACCUCUAUUAGACAAGCUGUUGGAGCUUUCCAUGGCUGUCUGCCUUUUAGAUCCACUGCUGCUGUUCCGCCCAAAAUUAAAAGGAGGAUGCAGGAGUGCAUGCGGUGACAUCAACAGAUUGAGUGGCUCCUCCGCUCCAUCCAAAGUCAAAUACCAUCAUGUACUGUCACCUUCACCUAUUCUUAAUAAUUAAAAUGACAGAACUGUG